AACCCGCCUCCAAGGACCUGUCCUAGGACAGAAAAGGGGAAUAGAAUUAAUUCUCUCUCCCCCUCUGCUAAGGAGGAACAAGAGGCGGUUCGUUCCAGCCUCAUCGCGUAAAAAUGUGACUCCAUCCUGAGCCCACUCAGAAAAAACCCUGCAACUUUCAGUCUCGUCAGACACUCAGGACUACAACCCCCAGAAGGCACCAGGGCUCAGCUAUUUGACUUGCGCAAUAGUGUUCGUUGUAAAGUGCUAUGACAACAGGACGGAGAAGGCUUGGAGUUAGGUAGGAGUGGGGAGGUGUCCCUUCCGCCGUUGCUGUCCUUUUCCUGCUACAUCCCAUUCGCUGCCUCUUUCAUCAUUUUCUCCUUUCUGUGAGCGGCAGAACUUUCCGUUGUUCUCGCCUGGUUGGUCUCUGCCAAGGGAUUGAUGCCGUUUUUCUUGCUUGUCUCAGGGAGUGACAGCGAAGGGAUGCAGGAGAGCUAUUUGGGGGGAGCCCUCCAACUCUGUGGAGCUGAUGGUGCUCUCUGGUGAGGCUCUCUUUUUGCCUGGGACGUGGAACAAGUUGGCGCAGGGGAACGUUAAGGAGUAGUAAGGGUUGCUUUUCUCUGAAUCCUCCGUUCUUACUCGUCCAUCCAGCCCUGGGAUCUUGGCAGACGUUUUUAAAGGGAAAUCAGUGGAAAGCGAGUUCGAAGAAAGGUGGGGGAGGACCCACCCGAUUCGGUAACAGAGUGAACAAAAAUGUCUUUAUUUAAAGCCCGUGAUUGGUGGUCUACUGUUUUGGGGGAAGAAGAAGAAUUUGAUCAAGGCUGUUUGUGUUUGGCUGAUGUUGACAAUACUGGAACUGGACAAGAUAAAAUAAUUGUAGGUAGCUUUAUGGGAUACCUAAGAAUCUAUAACCCUCAUCCUGUAAAAACAGGAGAUGGUGCUCAAGCUGAAGAUUUGCUUCUUGAGGUGCAUCUACGAGAUCCAAUACUGCAAGUGGAAGUAGGAAAAUUUGUUUCAGGUACUGAAAUGCUUCAUUUGGCUGUGUUGCAUUCUAGAAAACUGUGUGUCUACUCUGUCUCAGGAACCUUGGGUAAUGUGGAACAUGGGAACCAAUAUCAGAUCAAAUUGAUGUAUGAACAUAAUCUUCAGAGAACAGCCUGCAAUAUGACUUAUGGAUCAUUUGGUGGUGUAAAAGGUCGUGAUUUGAUUUGUAUCCAGUCUAUGGAUGGGAUGCUGAUGGUAUUUGAGCAGGAAAGCUAUGCUUUUGGAAGAUUUCUCCCUGGUUCUCUUUUACCUGGCCCUCUUGCCUACAGUUCCCGUACAGAUUCCUUCAUCACUGUUUCUUCCUGCAGACAAGUGGAAAGUUAUAAAUACCAAGUACUUGCUUUUGCAACGGAUGCAGAUAAAAGACAAGAGACUGAACAGCAAAAACUCGGUUCUGGAAAAAGACUAGUUGUGGAUUGGACUUUAAAUAUUGGAGAGCAAGCUCUUGAUAUAUGUAUUGUCUCUUUCAACCAGUCAGCAUCUUCUGUUUUUGUUCUUGGUGAGAGAAACUUUUUUUGCCUUAAGGAUAAUGGACAAAUCCGAUUCAUGAAGAAACUUGACUGUAGCCCAAGUUGUUUUCUCCCAUAUUGCUCAGUUUCCGAAGGAACAACAAAUACUUUGAUUGGAAACCAUAAUAACAUGUUGCAUAUUUAUCAAGAUGUAACGCUGAAGUGGGCCACUCAACUUCCUCACGUUCCUGUAGCAGUGAGAGUGGGCUGUUUACACGAUUUAAAGGGAGUGAUAGUCACUCUGAGUGAUAAUGGUCACUUGCAGUGUUCAUACCUGGGGACAGACCCUUCUUUGUUCCAAGCUCCAAAAGUUGAAUCUAGAGAACUAAACUAUGAUGAACUUGAUACAGAAUUGAAAGAACUUCAGAAAAUCAUCAAAGAUGUUAACAAGUCACAAGGUGUUUGGCCCAUUACUGAGAGAGAAGAUGACCUGAAAAUCUCUGCCAUGGUUUCUCCUAACUUUGAUUCAGUAUCUCAAGCUACUGAUGUUGAGGUGGGAGCUGACCUUGUCCCUUCAGUCACAGUGAAGGUUACACUGCAGAAUCGAGUGGGAUUGCAAAAGAUCAAAUUAUCGAUUUAUGUGCAGCCACCUUUAGUAUUGACUUGUGAUCAGUUCACCUUUGAAUUUAUGGCACCAGAGAUGACUAGAACAGUAAGCUUUUCUGUUUACCUGAAGGGAAGUUAUACACCAUCUGAAUUGGAAGGAAAUGCUGUUGUUUCUUAUUCCAGACCAACAGAUCGAAAUCCUGAUGGCAUUCCUCGAGUUAUCCAAUGUAAAUUUAGACUUCCCCUAAAAUUAAUCUGCUUACCAUGCCAGCCUUCAAAAACUGCAAGCCACAAACUAACUAUUGAUACCAACAAAUCUCCAGUCAGUCUUCUCAAUCUCUUUCCAGGCUUUGCUAGUCAGUCAGAAGAUGAUCAGGUGAAUGUAAUGGGCUUUCGCUUCUUAGGAGGUUCCCGAGUUACUCUUCUUGCUUCCAAAACCUCUCAACGAUAUCGUAUUCAGAGUGAACAGUUUGAGGAUCUUUGGCUCAUAACAAAUGAGCUUAUUAUUCGCCUUCAAGAAUAUUUUGAAAAACAGGGAAUCAAAGAUUUUGCAUGUUCUUUUUCUGGAUCUAUGCCCCUUCAGGAAUAUUUUGAGUUGAUCGAUCAUCAUUUUGAGUUGCGGAUAAAUGGUGAAAAAUUAGAGGAACUCUUAUCUGAAAGAGCUGUACAGUUUCGGGCCAUUCAACGUCGUCUGUUAACAAGAUUCAAAGAUAAAACACCUGCCCCCCUCCAACACCUGGAUACUUUGCUAGAUGGAACUUACAAGCAGGUGUAGAAUUUCUAUUUGUAUAAUGAAACUUAAAGUGGUGAUGGAUCAUAAGUAAUGCAAGAUAUGAAAGAAAUACACAUUUAUUGACCCUGUAUUAUAUACCUGGCACUUUGCUAGGCACGUUACAUGUUUUUUUUUUUUUUUUAAUAUGCAAUCUUCCAUGUUACUUAGCAUUUUGGUAUAUUAUUAUAUUCAAGAAGAAACUCGGGGCUCUCUGAGGUGGUUGUUAUAAUAUUCAUAGCUGGUAUUUAUAGAACACUCCUAAACACCAGCUGCUAUGCUAAGAGUAAAUUAUACUAAGAGUAAAUUAUAGUAGUAUAGUAUAGGAUAUUUUCUUAUUUUAUCCGCAUAACGACUCUAAGCAGUUCUGCUAUUAUCCUAUUUUAUGAAUAAGGAAACAAAGGACCAGAGAGGAAGUGACCCUGGGUCCUGUAAUUAGCAGAGUUAUGAUCUGAAUGCAGGUACACAUCUGUGACUUCAAUGUCAGGUCAUCCCCUCAACCCUUGAUUUAAGGUUUUAUGAAGAUAACAAUAUGUAGUGGCUUGAGCUAGGGUGACUAUGUAGUUAUAGUCCAAACUAGACAUUUUGAAGAGGAAAGAGGGGCAAUAUUAAAUAAUUGCACCAGGACAAUAGGAAUAUGCCCAGAUUGUCAUGCAAAAGCAGGUGUGUGGUCACGCAAUCAUGUACAAAUACAACACGCAAGUAAAUUCUAGGAUAGGUUGCAGUCAUGUUUGUACUACUGAUUUUUGACAGUUGUGGUUCUAGGGUAUUAUCGCCCAUUGAGUCAAUAUGUUGAAUUCAAAUAGUUUUAAGUGUUUCAGUGUGUUUUGAAAGUGUUUUAUUGCCAAGGUAGAUCCACCCUUAUUGAUAGUUCCAGUAGAGAGGAAAUGGAUUACUGCACAUCCUUUUCUCACACCUUGCUGUUUAAUGGGUCUCCAGAACUUAGUACAGCCCAAAGUAGAGGGAAAAUUUACAACAUUUUAAAAACAAAACAGGAGAGAAUUACUUCCCUCUCUCUUUCUCCACCCCUCAAAUUGAGGAACAUGAAUGACUUGGCUUUAUAGGGUCUACAUUCCUCAUCUAAAUGAAACCCAGCUGAGGAUGGAAAAUUGCAACACUAUCUUGUCUUCCCAGUGUCAACUGAAAAAGGAUAAAAUACUUAAACUUUGCUUUCCUUGACAUCAUUUUCAGUGGGAGUUAAAACAAAGAGAGAAUAGUAUUUAAUGUACAGAUAGAUCUAUAAUAACUAUGGUAGUUUUCUUGUUGUGGCUUAUACAUAGUUGUUUAAUUAGCCUCUAUAGAGUAUUACAGCGGUUUUCAAUUGAUUUUUCUCUUUGGCACUACUUACUAGAUUUUUUUGAUAUCACUGUUGGGCUAGCCUUGUAAAUACUUUUUGUGCAUUUUUUCUAUACUGAUGUCUUUUUUAUUUUUUAUUUUAUUUUAUUUUAUUUUUUGUCUUUUCUAGGGCCGCACCCAUGGCAUAUGGAAGUUCCCAGGCUAGGGGUCUAAUCAGAGCUGUAGCUGCCGUCCUACGCCACAGCCACAGCAACACCACAUUCGAGCCGCAUCUACGACCUACACCACAGCUCAUGGCAACGCUGGAUCCUUAACCCACUGAGCGAGGCCAGGGAUCAAACCCGAAACUAGGUUCCUAGUCUGAUUCGUUAACCACUGAGCCACAACGGGAACUCCCUGAUGUCUUUUUUAAAGAGUGUAUUUUGUCAAAUGAUCCCACUGUCAAAUAAUGUUAUCUUCUGGAGAUUAACCAUACAUUUUAGCAUGUUAAAGACUGAGAGGAAUGCUGGAAAUCACUUGCUCACUUUGUUCAGCCCAGCAUUUCCCACAUUUAGAUAGCAAGUGCCCCUACGCACUGCCCCCCUCUUUGAUGGAGCAUGUCUUAACUUUCUACAGAACAUUAGAGGUAUACUUUGGAAUCCGCUGGCUUGUGUGUAUUUUUCCUUUUAAAAAAUACUCCCUUAUUUGUUGUUAUAUCUCCUUUUCUGUCUUAAUUUUUUGUCACCAUCACCUCUCUACUUUUUUUUUUUUUUUUGAGUGGUUUUGCCUUGGGAUUUUAAAAAAUUCAACCAGAACUAUUUCUAUAUUUAUUUAUCAAACUUACUCUAAUUCCUUAUACUUUGAAUCUCUUAAUCUUUUUUUUUCCUGCCUAUUCUGGUGUGUUUUGUUCUUUUUCCAAACUUCUUACUUGAAUACUUCCAUAGUUUAUUUUAAUUCUUUUAGAACACAGAAAGCACUUAAGGCUAUGAAUUUGUCUUUGACUACAGCUUUGCCAACAUACACAUUUAAGUGUAGUGAUAACGCAGUAUAGCCUGAUGAAAACACUAUAGGCUUAGGAGGUAACCUCUAUUAGAAUCCUGCCACUUAUUUCAUGACCUUGAGCCUCAGUUUAUAUUACUGUAAAAUGGAACUGUGAAUACUUGGCUUAGCUUUCAGGUUUACUGGAAAAAAGUAGUUAAAUUUUAUCUGUAGAGUUCAUAGCAUGAUACUUGGAUGGUAGAUUGUUGGCCAAUGGGUACCUAUCUUUUUUUUUUAAUGGGUACCUAUCUUUAUUAUUUUUAUGAUUUUACAAAUACUCUCUAAUUGCAAUUUUGAUUUCCCUUUGACACGGUAGUUGUACAGCAGAUGUUUAGGAGAGUCAUUUUACUUGCCAAAUAAUAAGAUUAAAAACGUAUUAGGAGUUCCUGUUGUAGCUCAGUGAUAAUGAACCUGACUAGGAUCCAUGAGGACACGGGUUUGAUCCCUGGCCUUGCUCAGUGGGUUAUGGAUCUGGUGUUGCUGUGGCUGUGGCCGGCAGGUGCACCUUGGAUUCGACCCCUAGCCUGGAACUUCCAUAUGCCUUGGGUGCAGCCCUAAAGAGACACAAAAUAAAAAAAUAAAAUGGAUAAAUAAAAACAUUAAAUAGUUUAUUGUUUUAUAAGCUUAUUGGGCCAUUGUGGUCUUUAGAAUUUUGCACAGCUAAACCUAUAUAGGCAAAGGAUAGAUCUGGGUUUUGGUGGAGAUUUUUUUGAAGGUCCAGCUCUCUCUGCUUAACCUGGCUUUCCUGUUCAGAGCCAGAGCUUCAUGGUUAGUAGAAAUUACUUCUGAUGCUGGUAGAUAGUUUGCAGAUAUCUUUACUUUGUGCUGCUUUGUAACUGGGCUUUUUUGUAUGUGCUGUCAAGAAGAUUAACAUUGAAAUAGAAGAAAAGAGCAAAUCGGAGUUCCUUUCAUGGUGCAGUGGAAACGAAUCCAACUAGGAGCCAUGAGGUUGUGGGUUCAAUCCCUGGCCUCGCUCAGUGUAUUAAGGAUCCGGUGUUGCCAUGAGCUGUGGUGUAAGUUGCAGACGUGGCUCGGAUCUGGUGUUGCUGUGGCUGUAGCGUAGGCUGGUGGCUAGAGCUCCAAUUAGACCCCUAGCCUGGGAACUUCCAUAUGCCGAGAGUGUGGCCCUGAAAAAGACAAGACAAAAAAAAAAAAGCACAAAUCAAGUACUGCAUGCUAACUACUGUGUCAAACAGAAAGCUCCUUAUAUUAUAUUUGUUCUGAUAAAGAUGCCAAAGAAAAAGUAUAUUGUAAUAUUUCCAAGAAACUCAUUCCAGUUUUUCCGCCACUUGAGGAAGGAUUUUUUUCUUAAAUUAUUCUUAAAAAUCUUUAUUUUGCAGUGUAAUUCCAUUAUGAUGUGAUUUUAUAAAUCUUCUGUUUCUUUUUUGAUAAGCCUAGAGGGUUCCAUGGAAACUUGGCUGAUAUCAAUCAGAUUCAAGUAUUCUUUUUGGCCAUUAUGUUAGAGUAUUAAACUAAGGUGGCUUUGUUUCUUUUCUUUCUUGUUUUAGCAGAAAAAUGCUCUUGGAAAAUCAUAUUUGUAUAUUUUAUUAUUUAAAAUAGAAUCAUUUGAAAUAAAAAUAAUAUCAUUUUAAUUGUGCCUAUAGGAGAGUUAUUAUUAAUAUUUAAGCAAAUUUUUAUGAUAAAUGUGCUUUUCCUUUUUCCCAAGGUAUUUUCCCCCAUUUAUAUCACAUGUGAAACAUUAGGCUUUAUAUGAGUUUCCCCUAUAAGAUUUUAGAGUUAAGAAGACAUUUAUCUGCUGUGUCCUCUCUCCUUCACUUUCUCUUAAGGCACUGAUAUAUUUUAUAAUCCAGACCUUCAGUUGAAAAGGAACUGACAUAUAUGUGAAUAAGGGAGAGCUUAUGCAUUCCUUGAGACAUAUUCCAUUAAUCACCUAGCUACUUUACCAAGGAGACUGAAAACUGUGAAUCAUUUCCUCCAGUGCUACAUGCUAAAAAAUCCUUGACUUAGGAAUAAGGAUAAUGUGUGCUACAAUUAACUCUUUUAUAUCUGUUUCAUUUGUUCUUUGUUUUAACAUAUGGCAUAUAGUUUUAUAUGAACUGCAGAGGCAGACAAUUAAAAUUUUGCAUUUCCUAGCAUCAAGACAAGUCUUUUAUUGAUGGGUACUCAUAGUUACACGAAAACAUAUGUAUAUUAAUCAAUAAUUUAUCUUUAGUGACAGUCAUCUGUGUAGUGUCUUUCCUAUGAUACAUCAUUGGUAGAACACAGUUUGGCAGUGAGGAGGCAACUGUUAUUAUUGAUUUUGCAUUCCUUUGGCAGAGUUGUAUCAGUUCUCCUAUACCCUAAUCCAGUAGAGAUAUUAAAUGGAUUGCUAUACUGUACUUGCAUUUGAAAUUUCUUCCUCUGUUUUUACUCUGAGUAUUUAUUUUCCAUCAGCUUGUAACAUUGUAGCAUUGAUUGGUUCAAGUAAUGUAUUAUUCAUGCCAUUCUGGUUUCAUUCCAUUAGUGGUAUCAGCAUUAGUAUUCAGUCUAAAGAGAUAAAAUUAUGUCAAGGGCUCUCUGGAUCGGCUUGUCCCAUUUUCCUUUUGUUUCACAUUCAUAGAAGAGACUUCUUUUGUAUAGUAGACCUUUUCAUUUUAUUGGUGCCAAUUGAAAUGAUAUAAAAAGCUAAUAUGAGGCUGAUGUAAAUGUGCCUUCCUAAAUAAUUGUUUAGUUUACAAAUAUUCAUUGUACCAAAUUUGGAAAAUUUGGAAACAUAUAAAAGGGAAAAUAAAAUCAUCCAUAAUUUCAUCACCCUUUCACAUCUUUUUUUAAUUUUCCCACUGCACAGCAA